AUGGAGUUGCCAACGUCCCUGGAUGCGCUGGAUGUCACGGGUAUGCUGGUGGCAUGUGUGGUAGCAAUGUUUGCAACACACUGCUGGAGUUUUUGGGGCGACUUCAAGGGCUUCCUGCAGCGGUGCUGGCAUCGCGAAGAAAGUGAGGAGUUGGAGAAGUCCAAAGAAUGUAUGGAGGCGGCAUUUUGGGAGGCGAGCAUCCAGCAGUACCUCCUGGCCUCUCAAUGCUGGGCACACCUUGGUGCCAUAGUUGUGCCGGGCAUAGCUUUGCAAUGGCUGUGGACAGGCAGCUCUGUCUUGGACCCUCAACACAUUUUCGCUUGUUUUUGUGCCUGGGUGUUUCACUUCAUGACCACUGCACAUAUUUUGCGGCUGACUCCCACCAGAUUGAGGCUCUUGAGCAUCAGCAACUUCUUUCAGCUGGCAGCUUUCACGCAGACGGAUCAGAGUGAUAACCAAAUUGUGGCCGUCACGGCCGUACAGACGGCCGCCCGCUUUGCGAACGCAUGUCUCUUUGUAGACAUCAAGACCAACAUCCCCGUGGAGCUUGGCUUAACUUUGCUGCAAGUCAGAGCAGCCUGGCUACAUGAUCCCAACUCACUUUAUCCAACCUUACUAGUCAACAGCUGUGUUUCCGUCAUGAUUUUAUCUGUGAGUUGUUUGUUGGAAAUCUCUGUGCGCUCACGCAUCGCCAUGCUAUUGGACUCGGAAUCGAUGGUCAGCAGCUUUCGCACGAUGUUGCGGGGAGUCUGCGAUGGAGAAGUUUUGCUGGACAGCAACUUCAACGUCAGCGGCAAGGCCGACUGUUUGAAGACCUUGCUGAUGACCCGGCACGAUUUCAAUGGCCAGAAGUUUGAGCAGCUGCUUGCUGCUGAAGAACAGGACCCCUUCCAUAGCUUCAUGAGUGAGCCAAGUCAUCCAGACACCGCUGCGCCUCCCUGCCUUCGCGUGUCCUUGACCCGUGGCAAAGUUCGAGUUGGGGUGGACCUGUUCCAUGUGAAGGUGCCUCAUUUGUUUGGGAAAGCACACCAUUUGGUGGCAUUUCGAGAGGAUUCAGAGUCCAGGCUCCAACAGGAAGUGGAGCCUGGUGGAGUGGUCCCAACCCUGCCGCUGGACGCAUCGCCGAGGCGGGCGCGGUCGGCGCGUUCGAACUCUUCUUGUGGCUCCCAAGCCACAGCUCUGUUGCAAAUCUGUAAGGAACUGCAGGAGAUGACGUUAAUGAUUGAUGCAAACACGCAACUGCUGGAUGUGGAACAAGCUCAUCUGAGCUUUCUUCGUGAAUCUCAAGAUGGAGAUGCCAGUAUGCCAAGCCUCAGGAGGCUGGUGCAACCAACCGAUUGGGGAAGUGUCCGUGAUGAACUCACGGAAUUUGCCCAGAGACAGAGUGAGCUUCCCGUGGGAGACAGGGAAGUGCUGAAAACCAAGCUGCGGUUGCGGGAUGCCAAGAGAUGCGUGCAGGCUCGAAGGGUGGAGGUUUCAGCCUUUUCACCUCCAGGAGUCAACGCGAAUGGUGAGGCGCCAUUGAAAUUGCACAUGCACCUGAGUCGCCUCAAGCCUGUGAAGCAGGCACAAAGGCAUCAGAGUUCUUUGCCAAAUCUGUUUGAGAACUCUGAAGAGAGUUCACUAGGCUCUGUGUAG